CGGGACUCCGUAGGCAGCAGGAGGAGCGAAGGGACCUGCUCGCUGCCAGCCUGAGAGCAUCCUUUUCUUUGCUUUCUUAUCAUCCUCACCAAAACACAGCGGGAUGACGGAAAACCAUGAGGAUAUCAUCUCUCUACUCACCGGUCUGCGGUAGAAUAUCGUUACGGGUUACGUUAGCCGCUUGGCUAGCGUAAUGCUACACAACAUGAGGCUGUUCUCCUGAUGAAGAGCACACAAAAAAACCUGUCUGUGGAAACGGAAAGAAUAUAGUUAUUCCUAGCAGGGCGAGCUGGGCUGACCCUCUCGCUUUUAGUGGGGGUUUUUGUUUGUUUUUUGCACAUUUGCAACAAUUUUUCAUCAAAAAUCAAUCAAAAAAGCUCAUUGACAGUUUUUUUAUGUGACUCUUUUUCCUCGGCUGAUGUGGAUGAAGGCAGUGGUGCUCCAGUGAAGAUGAUGCUCAGAUAGAAGUGCUCGCCUGACAACAUCAAGGUGCCUGGGACUGGUUUAAGCCAACCAACUCUGCAAGUCUGACCGGCCUGAUGCCACAAGAAGCGGACAUCUUGACUGAAACGUCAGCUGACCCUUUACUCUACAUUGAUGAAUGUUUGUUGGCAGCUUUAGUUGUGCUCUAUCACUAAUUAAUUGGAGGUUUUAAGUGUUAGUCGUUGGACAUUUUGGACUGGUUUUUAACCUAUCGAUACCACAUAGCUGCGGCAGCACCUUGACUCUGGAAUAGUGACCAACUCAUAUCAUCACAUUCCUAUAUCAGCAGAAAUCGGUGCCUUAGAUUGCACUAAACUUAUCAUUAGUACUUAUUUGCUAUGUCUAAAGUUAAGUACAUUAAUGAAUAAGCAAUAAUCAAGGUUCAUCUCAUCCCGGGACAUUUUAGUGCUUUUGUCAUGCAGGGAAUCUGUGGAUGCACAAGAAACAAGCUGGCAACUCAGACUUUAGGCGUAGCGGACUGUGUAGCAUGCCUGUCCUGCUCAUUAAUGACCCCAUGACCUCUGCAGAAGUCAGAUAGUCGGUGUGAGCUAACCACAUGUCCUUAUCAGAGAUCUAAUAGCCGCUGUAUUACCCACAUGGCCAUCCAGAUGAGCGCAUGCCUGUAGCCGCGCCAGCGUUGUCGUGGCUGGCCGUCGCCGGACGGUCAUCUUCCUCGGCCAUGACCCGGCUGAUGUUGGGCCGGACUCUGGAGCGCAUCUGUAAAGGUGUCCUGCUGCUCUGCCUGCUCCACUUCCUCAUCAUGAUGAUCCUGUACUUUGAUGUCUACUCGCAGCGCUUUGACCUCUUCAGCCGCUUCAACAACGGCCGCAAUGGAUCCAGGAAUAAUGUCAGCGGAGCAGCAGGGAAUGGACAUCAUUAUUACUAUUACAAUCUUUCCAGGCCCAACGCAACGUUAGCAAGCUAUCUGGCCACAGGAGAGCAGCUGAUGCCAAGUGUGCAGCCCGAGACCAACCAGACACCUUCUCCCAAACCGCUGCCGCCGUGCCCUGAGAACCCACCCGGCCUUGUUGGGCGUUUGUUGAUCGAGUUCAGCUCCCAGAUGACGAUGGAACGAGUGCAGAAAGAAAACCCCAACGUGACGGAGGGCGGCCGCUACACGCCUCCUGACUGUCGGCCUAGAUGGAAGGUGGCCAUCAUCAUCCCGUUCCGUCACAGAGAAAACCACCUAAAGUACUGGCUCCACUACCUCCACCCUAUCCUCAGACGGCAGAGGAUUGACUAUGGCAUCUACAUCAUCAACCAGUUGGGUGAGGACACCUUCAACCGUGCCAAGUUGUUAAAUGUUGGCUACACAGAGGCUUUGAAGGACGCAGAGUACGACUGCUUCAUCUUUAGUGACGUGGACCUGAUCCCAAUGGACGACCGCAACCUGUACCACUGCUACGACCAACCGAGACACUUCGCCAUCGCCAUGGACAAGUUUGGUUUCAGGCUGCCCUACGCAGGCUACUUUGGAGGAGUUUCAGGCCUCAGUAAAAAACAGUUUCUGAAGAUCAACGGUUUCCCAAACGAGUACUGGGGCUGGGGAGGGGAGGACGAUGACAUCUACAACAGGAUCACUCUGAAUGGGAUGAAGGUGUCCAGGCCAGACGUUCGCAUCGGCCGCUACAGAAUGAUUAAACACGAGAGAGACAAACACAACGAGCCCAACCCACAGAGAUUUAAUAAAAUACAGAACACCAAGAACACGAUGAAGAGGGACGGCAUCAGCUCUCUGACCUACAGAGUGGUUCAGGUCAAGAGGUACCCCCUGUAUACAAAUAUCUCUGUGGAGAUUGGCAAACCACCGCCCCGGCCUUUUAAGGGCUAGAGAGGAAGAUGAGGGGGUUGACGCACAUUGACUGGAGGGAAAAACACAAGAAGACGGGAGCUUUUAAGAAGGAAAAUAAAGAGAACAUUUCCAUUUCCAGAUAUCUAGGAUAUCUGGAAAUGGAGAGGAAAAAGUCACAAGCACAUCAUGGUCUUUUUCUCCUUCUUUACCUCUCUCUCUGUUUUUUAUUUUUUUAAUUUCAGCUUGCCAUUCUGUUACCAGAACUCUGGGUUUUUCCCCCUUCAGCUUUUUCAAGCAGCCAAUGGCUUAACAUCUCCUACCUUUUACCAUUCAGUGACUUCAGAAUUAAAGCGUGUGGACCAAAGCAGGAUUAUCAGUUGCUGACCAAAGGUUGGCAUCAAACAUGGAAGCUGAAACUUGGAGUCUCUCCAUUAAUAAUCUUUUGUAAACUGGAGAGGGCAUCUAAUGGCAUAUCGACGGAGGAUAUUAACAGGAACUUUUGUUGGAAGGUUAGAGAUGAAACAAUGACAUCAUUUGAGACUUUGGAAAGCUGUCCUGGCCUUGACUGAAAUACUGGACAGCAUCGAGUGGGAUUUCUUGGACUAUUUGAACAAGUUCAUAUAACAUAACAUUAACAAGUCUGAUGACAUGCAAUGAUGGUCUAUGGAAUUGUAUCUGAUGGACUGCAUAUCAAAGAAAUCGGCCAACUCUUGCUUAUUUUGAGAAAUGUUGCUAAGAGACAAUUUAAUAUUGACAUUUUUGUCAGGGAGUCAUUUGUUUGGAUCUAAUUACUCAAUCAAAUACUCCGGUAUAAAUUAAUGAAUGUGUAUUGUGCCUGCAUCUACCGCAGAAGAUUCAAAAACAGUGCUGGGACACGCUGAUAAAACAUGUUCGUCAGCAGCAACAAACUCCUGAGAACUCUGUUUUUGUUCUCUUUUUAUAAAUAUAAACUAAAACGUUGGAAACAGAAACUGUCGUGGAGUUACGGAGAAGUUUUACCAACAAAAGUAAACAUAUUGGAGAUAUGAAAGGAUUUCUCCUGUGCUGAAUGCAGUGUGAUGGAACUAUCUUGGGAAUGCAUUUGAAAUCAAAUCAAGGAACUGAAGACAACAAUGCAGAUAUAUACUGACAGCUCAGUCAUGAUUGUAACCCCAUGUGGCACAUAUUGGAGAUUAGGUUUCUGGAAACCUUGUUUUUUUUCACUCCACUUGAAGAAAGAUAGAGAUUUAUUUUGGUGAUCUCAGCUUUGAAGGUGCAUUUUUGUCUCUAUAAGAUGCAAAUGGCUUGAGGUACACUAAUAUUCCUUAAGGGACAAACGUGAUGAAGUACAAAUAUGCAUUUUAGAUUAGAAAAUUGGACAUUUACCAUAUUUUCUGAACAUAUAUGGGGUUAAAAAUCAGAAAUGAGCUGUCAGGAUCAAGUCAUGAUUUACAGGAAAAAGCCUUGUGGAUACAAAAGCUCACUCUUGUAACUUUACACUGGCUCCACAGACAAGGCUAGGUGAAAAGUAAUGAAUUUUAGAGGUCAUUCUUUAGCCUACAGCAUAACCUGGGCGUGAGAAGUUUUUUAAAUCACAAUUCAUUAAACCUCUGUUGAAACUGUUACUAUGUCAUUUCUCUAUCUGCUUUCUUUCAAUCUUUGAGAAAAAGACUAUAUCAUAUCCAGAAAGAGGAAAUUAUAAGAUAGUGAUAGUUCUGUUGGUGGAAAUUGUGAAUUUUAAGGCUGUAAUGAGAAGUUAUCAUUUGAGCAGUGUGACUGACAUCUCUAUUGCUGCUUCAGAUUUUAUCAUAAUCAGUUGUCAGUCCUGUAUUGGAAUCUGUUUAACACACUUUCAUAAAUGUAGGGAAUUAAACAGUCCGAGUUACUUUUUUGUUUUAAUUUUAAAAAGUUUUUUCUGUCUCAUAUGAGUUACAUAACUUUCCCCGUGUGAAAAAGGAAUGAGCUAAUUUCUGAUUUCCUACAUCAGUGUAUUGGAGCCUUUCACUCUUUUAUGCUUUGAUCACUUUUCUGCCUUUGUUUUAUUUUUCCUCUACCGUUGACACAAUUAUUGUUGACGCCUAAACACCAAACCGAUGCCUUCAGAAGUUAUCUACACUAAGGGGCAGGAAAGGCUAUUUUUAAUUUGAAGGUCAUUUUUGUUUGUGAAAUUGUUGUGUAUUUUAAAGAUGGGUAACACAGAAAUUAACACAUUUGUUUCAGUUUGAAAAAAAUCCAGAUCAUGAAUAACCUAUACAAACUACUUUUAACUAUCUUUGAAAUUUUAAACAGACAGAAGACUUGUGUGCAAUGCUGUAGCUGUUCGAAUUUUGUAUAUUUCGGAGCAAUUUUGGUGAAAAUUGUGUAUUUUUGGCCUCCUCUUUGAUCAGCCUCGAGGCAAAAAAUGUUCCCAUCUGUUUGGCUCUUCGUUAUCUUCGCCUCAAGCCUGUUGGAAGGUAUGAUUGCUCCUCUCUGCAACACACACUCCCUGCCACACACACACACACACACACACAUUCACACUGUCUUCCCUUUUUUCUUUGCAUUAUCUCCCCUUUCAUUGCCUUUUCUUUCUUACUCUGCCAGUCCAGGCUGUGUGUGUCAAUGGCACUCUGUUGUGCUUUGUGGUGGGCCCACUUCAGGCACAGCUGUGUCUCACUAGAGUGCUUCUUCUUUCAAUAGAUAUCGACAGAGCCUCUCUUUGUGUCUCUGAAUCUGUGCCACUUACUGUAUCUUAUUUUUCUUUUUAUUCUCUCUUUUUCAGUACACAUACCCCAUUUGUGAUUCCUUCUGUCUCCCGCCGUUUUUCUCAUUCUGUCCCCCACUUUAUCUGACUCUCCUUUUCUUUUUCACCCUCCCUCUUUUCUUUUCGAUAGAGUGCAGGACUCUCCUGGUGAGUUUCGGUGUCCUCAGUGGGCAUACUACACAUGGAGAGGCCAACACAAUCUCUUCUCUGUACUGUUUACGGCUUACCCUGUGCAAUAUUACCGAUUUGUUCACAUCUACCCCGUAUCCUGCUUUAAAGUAAUUGUUUUCAAGUGGGAUAUGAGGCGCUAAUAAUCUUUUAAGGGUUGGUUUCAGUUCAGUUUGUAAUGCAAUCAUGCUUUUUUCCCAUAAAGAUUUAUUUUGCCUCUGAUUCACCUGUUGAUUUAAAAUCCUUAUGAUCAGUACAUAACAGACAAAAUGACAGCUAUUGCUUUUAUUUUCUCCAUUCUUACAGUAUUAAAGAAGUGUGUUAGUGUUUUACUUCCAUAAAGUUGGGUAACUUUUGAGAGACAGAUUUCAAAAACGGAUUGGACAAAAUUAAUGCAGCAGUGGUUGAGAUAUCCUGACAUUUAUUCCCUAGUAAGGGUCAAUAUACCAAAACACAGGAUCCCAUAAUGCACCUGGAUAGCAUUUUUCAGCGUUGUGAAUUGGGAGGAGCUAUAGAGAGCCUAAGUCACUCGCUUCUGCUUCCGGCCCAUGGGGCCUUAUUUCGGGAAAAAUAUGUACAGUAGUCAAUGGCGAGAGAGAAUUUAUUUUUUGAUCCUGUUUGAACUGUUCCCUGAAUAUGUUGUUUGUCAGUUUAAAAGAUAUUUUUUUCCGUCAAUAAGUUGACAUUUGUUUUAAUAAAGUAAAGUUACAUUUAGUUUUGUGUGGAAAGUGUUCAAUAAACCACAUCUCUCGUCUCGCGCAAUCGUCACCAACAUGAUAGUGCAGUAAUACUAGCUAACAUUCAUUGCUUGGUUGCUACUAGCUAGUGUUCCACACAGAAAUGUAUCUCACCUGAUGUGUUUAAUCCAACGACUCAAGGUCCUUUUAUCACAUCAUCUACACAUGUCAGUUCUUUGAGGUUAGCUUCAGUCAUUGAAAGGAAACGUUACGACGUCACAUACGCGUCUCUUGGGUUUUUUUGUUCUUUGUAUUUAUGUGUGUUUUCACAGUCUUAUACUUGCAACCUUCUUGACUUUUAAAUGUAUAUUUUAAAUUGACCAUCAUCAUAUGUGUAAUGCAGGGCACAAUUCAAACAGGAUCAAAAAAUUAGUUGUUUCUUCCUAUUGACUAUCGUACAUAUUUUUUCCGAAUGGUGGUCCACCUUAAGGGGAGGGACUUCUCUGUUUUGGGCGCCCCUGGUUUACAUAGACAGAGUGAUGCCAGGUUCAGACUACACAAUGUCAGCCCAAUAAUAGAUUGGCGACAAAUCUCCGAGUUAAAUCAGCAGUACAAAACAUUAAGAACUUUAGAAGAUAAAUGAUUCUUUCCUAAAUAGUCAAAGCCUGUGUAUAUAAAAAUGUGACAUUAACUAUGACUCCCAAGGUGCAUUUCAGCAGGAACAUUCAAUCACAGAGCUUACAAUUCUGUUCCAUGCACCACUAACAGGCAGAAGCUACAGAUUACCCUGUUGAUAAAACUGAAUGUAUAAUCUGCAUCUUAAAUAAAUUCACUUUGGAUUCCUCGGUCCAUAUUAUGGACAGAUUUGUCAACUAUGGCGCUGUGUUUUGUUCUCAAAAUCGACCAGAGAGAAUGUUUUCUAGAAUCGGGGGCUCCUCCUACUUCACAUCUGUAGUAGACUCUCCCUUCGUCAUAAAUGCCCACUUUCAUUCCACACAAUUCCAGCUUAUUAAGCAGACUUUCUGUUUUUUGAGGUUUCAAGCCCAAUUGAAACCCUGAUGACAUUAUCAAGGCAAGGUAACAUGGGAUUUAGAUGUGAAGAUCAGCAAAAGAAACUUCAGCAAAAAUAGUUAUUUGAAACCUUUCCUUUACUUGAGAAUAAGGAGAACCAUGAGGAGUGCUUGAUGUUUCUUAUUGGACGUUUGACUUUUGAAGCUGUUCCAGUUGUCAAGCACACCUCAGGUGGUUAAGUAUUCCAAAAUGGUUUUUCAAAUAAAUUUUUUUGCUUGAGAGCAGACAGGACUUCCAAGCCUGCUGGCAUUUUUAAACAUUUACUGUAUCUCUAGCUAUGGUUUUUUUGUACAUUGAAUGUUGAAAAUGUUAUAUCUUAUAUAGAAUGCAUUAUGUCAUAUCAAACCUACUUUUUCUAUACAAUCAAUAAAUCUGAUGGAUAAAGA